AAAAAAUAAUGGAAUAUACUAGAUUAGGAAAUACAGGAUUAUUAAUUUCAAGAAUAUCUUUUGGAAAUAUGGUAAAUUUUGCUCCUGAAGAUGAAGAUAUUAACACUGAAAUUAUCAAAACUUGUUAUGAAGCAGGUGUUAAUUUCUUUGAUACUGCAGAAUUGUAUUCUAAAUUCUGAUAAUUUUAAGUUAUGAAAAUGGUUAAGCUGAGGCUCAACUAGGCAGAUCUAUUAAGAAAUUAAAUAUACCACGUGAAAAGAUAAUUGUUUCUGUUAAGAUACAGGGAAAUAAUUUUGAGGGGGGUAAUAAAGUGAAUAGAUUAUUUACACUUAAUCGUAAACAUGUUAUUGAAGGUGUUAAUGCAUCUCUGUAAAGAAUGCAAUUAGACUAUGCGGAUAUUGCAUUCGCUCAUAUUUAUGAUCCAGAAACUCCUAUUGAAGAAAUAUGUAGAGGGUUCAAUCAAGUUAUUGAGGAUGGAAAGGCCUUUUAUUGGGGUACAUCUAAUUGGAAACCUUCUCAAGUUUAAGAGGCAUUCAAUUAUUGCGAUAAGCAUGGAUUAAUUAGACCAAUUGUUGAACAAUGUCCUUAUAAUAUGCUUAUUAGAAAUAUUAUAGAAAAAGAUUUUAUCAACAUAUUUGAAGAAGGAUAUGGUACAACAAUCUAUAGUCCUUUGUAAGGAGGAUUAUUAACUGGAAAAUAUAAUGAAGGUUAAAUUCCUUAAGGAAGUAGAGCAGGUACAGACAAUGGAUGGUUGACGAAAGAAAUGUCUUAUCUGUUCAUAUUCAAAAGAUUUUGUAAUAAUAUUAUUGAUAUUGAAUUUAGUGGAAGAUCCAGAGUCAUUUGUGAAACUCAAAAAAUUAGGAGAAUUAGCUGAAUCGAUAGGAUAUACUCAAACAUAAUUAGCAAUAGCAUGGACUUUAUAUAACAAAAAUGUUUCAACGGCCAUCAUUGGUGCCAAGACUGUCUAAUAGGUGAAGGAUUCUUUGAAGGCCUUUGAAUUAUACAAGAAGUGGGACAAAGAUUUGGAACAAAAAGUAGAAGCAAUUAUAUAGAACAAACCUUAACAAGAAUACAAUUGGUAAAGUGGAAAGCCUUUUCCUGACAGAAGAUGAUUUAUAUUAAUUUUCAAAUAUAGGAUGAUUUAUAAUUAAAACUAAAACGUGGCCAUAAUUUAAUAAUUUAAAAGGGUUUGCAAUAUUUACAAAACAGUUUAUAUAAUAAAUUAAAUUUGAU